AUGGCCAGGAUAUGCAUCACCACGGUCUACUUAAUAGCUUUACUUGUGCAUCUCGGAGCCCCUACUGUGUUUGGACAGGAGUUGUAUAUAAUCACAGAAGAGGACACUGAUGAUUAUUAUUAUUAUGACUUUGCCACUGAAAUCCCAGCCCAAGAUGUUGAUUUGACUCUGGAUGACUGGUUGUACGAACUCAUGGAUGUCAAAGAUACAUGUGAACCCAAUCCAUGUUUGAAUGGAGGUCUCUGUGACACUACUCUUGAUGGCUUUGUGUGUUCGUGCCCUGAGCCUUACACAGGAAAGACAUGUCAGACAGUGAAAGAUGUUUGCCACAGUGCCAGAUGUGGCCAAGGAACCUGUGUUUUCAAAUCUACCGCACCAUUCUAUGAGUGCAAGUGCCAGCCUCCCUUCAAACCACCCCACUGCAGAAAAGCUUCAGCCUGCAGACCCAGUCCAUGUCAGAAUGGAGGCACCUGCACAAAGGGACCCAAACGUUCCUCCUUCCAGUGUUCUUGUCCUGUAGGAUAUAGUGGGAAGUUCUGUGAAGUUCGCCCGAACGACUGUUACCAAGAGGAUGGAGAGUUGUAUCGGGGCAUGGUGAGUGUAACAGUUGAUGGGGAAGACUGCCUGGACUGGAAUUCCUAUUUUAUCCUGCAGAAAGGUGGCGAUCCUUUCAGAGAGUAUGCAGGCUUUGAUGGAAUUGGACCACACAAUUAUUGCAGGAACCCUGAUGGAGAUGAUCAGCCCUGGUGUUAUAUCAACAAAAAUGGCACACUGAGGUGGAGCUAUUGUAAUGUCAACAAAUGCUCUGGAGCUCCAGCCACCCCACCAACCAUCCAUGAAACAGAUCCAACUCCCGCUAAGCCGAAUGUGGCCGCUGCCCAGUUCUCCCAGUGUGGGAGUCCACAGCCUGGCCGCUCAGCCAGGAUCUUUGGAGGGAAAAAGUCUCUGCCUGGUGCUCAUCCAUGGCAGGUUUCCCUGCAGACCAGACCCAAGCACUCCUCCGGGCCCUUUAACCACAUCUGUGGAGGCAUACUUCUUGAGUCCUGCUGGGUUCUCACUGCUGCACACUGCAUUAAAGCUGAAAUGGAAAUGCAAGUGGUGCUGGGAGGAGUGGACAUAGGGAAGGAUGAAGUAUAUGACCAGGUGAUUCCUGUGGAGAAAGCUGUUGUGCAUGAGGAUUAUAAGGAGAGCCCCUUUGCUCUUCAUAAUGAUGUUGCCAUGCUUCAGCUGAGAGCCAUCAACAAGCCGUACUGUGCUAAAGAAACACGCUUUGUAAAGACAGCCUGCCUGCCAAACCAGCCCUUCGACAGCGGGACGGAGUGUGUGAUCUCAGGAUGGGGUGUGACUGAAACACAGAAGUAUGGUACCAACCAGCUGCUGGAUGCUCGUGUUCUCCUGAUCUCCCAGGAGAAAUGUAAAGCUCCCCAUGUCUACGGAGAGUCACUGGAUGACAGCAUGUUCUGUGCAGGCAACAUGAAAGGAGGUGUCGACUCCUGCCAGGGAGACUCUGGUGGUCCUCUGGUGUGUGAGCGUAAUGGGACUCACUAUGUCGUUGGAGUGGUGAGCUGGGGCGACGGAUGUGGCAAGAAGUACAAACCUGGUGUCUAUGCCAACGUCAGGAGAUUUAUUGACUGGAUUAGUUAUUAUUUAAUGCAAUAAGCAUGAAUGUGGCCUAACUGAUGCUGUAUACGAUAGUUACAGACUUGUCGCCACUGACUCUGACUCUCAUUCCAUCCAGAAUGGGUGAGCAUUAAACUUGUGACACAUCACCUCAUUAUGUAUUGUUAUAACUCAUCUAUAUCUCACUGUGUGUUCAAAUUCUAUAGGAUAGGUAAACACAAUGGUGAAGGAGAGGAAUUAUACACACAUCAUGUAGGCACACGUAAUAAGAGAGCAGCAUAAGUGAGUAUGCAGAACACCUGCAUACUCACUCCAAGCCACAAAAUUUAAUCAGGAUGUUUCAGUUCCUUACAUAGAUUUGAGUUGGAUUGAAAUGUUUUCCUCUGCCUAAAAUUUUGUGGCCUGGAUCAAUGUGCAGGUGUUACUUUUAUUAUAGGUAUGCAUCAUGAUAAUUAUAAUUAUAAUUGAUUUUAAGUUGAAGUGCAAUGACUUGCAUUAUUUAAGCACAUAGCAUGCAUUUUCAUACAAUGUUGUCUUUUUUCAUUUAAGUUUUUGAUCAUUUUAAAACGUGGAAAUUGUACAAUAUUCAGUAAUAUGGACCAUCAUUAUCAGUGUAGUUAUUAUUCAGGUUUGGUUUUUUUUUAAAGAAAAGAAAAAA